AUGCUGUCCACCGUGGUCAACUUUGCCAUCCUCGCGGCCGUGGCGUCUGCCGCGUGCCUCCCUACCACUACCACCACUUCGGGAUCCACUACCACCACCACCCCGUCGUCCUCGGGCGCCGUGGCCCUUCACCCCAACGGCAACUCGAACGUGUGUCUUGACGUCCAAGGCAAUGUCCAGGCCAACGGCACCCCCGUCCAGGUGUACACCUGCAACGGCACUGGUGCCCAGAAGUGGAUCCUCCACAGGGGCAGCGGCAGCGUCCAGCUCGCCGGCACCAACUACUGCCUCGACGCCGGAUCCAGCCCCGCUAGCGGCGUCAAGAUGAAGAUCUGGCAGUGCUACAGCGGCCUCGCUGCCCAGACGUGGUACUGGACCGACGACAACCGCAUCGCCGUUACUGGCAAGGGCCAGUGCAUGGACUUGCCCAACGGAUCCACCUCGAACGGUAACGUUGUCCAGACCUGGGCGUGUGCGACUGGCAACACCAACCAAAUCUGGACCGCGACCGCCGCCGCCUCGCGCAGGUCGAUCGAGGACCGUGCCACUUGCACCAAGGCCGACCUCACCCCCAAGGGCAUCAAGGCUGGUCUUGCCGGCGGCAGCUCGUUUGACGACUUCCAAAACUACGUCGGCUGGUGGUACGACUGGAGCGGUGCUCCCUCGGGCCACUCGGGCAGCCCCGUCCCCGUCCCCAUGCUCUGGGGCAACGGUCACCGCGGCAGCAUCCAGAGCGACUCGGCCCGCUUCAACCAGUUCACCUCGACCUGGAGCACGAGCAACGUUCCCGCCUACGUCCUCGGCUUCAACGAGCCCGACUGCCCGGGCACCGACAGCUCCGACCUGACCGUGGCCCAGGCCGCCUCGGCGUGGAACCAGUACAUUGCGCCUCUGGGUAACGCCGGCGCCCUGCUCAUUUCGCCCGCCAUGUGCAAGCAAAAGGACGAAGACUUCCUCACCCCUUUCCAGAACGCCAUCAACACACCCUUUGACGUCGUUGCCAUCCACGUUUACAAGAACACGCUCGCAGGCGUCAAGGCCGACAUUGACUACUACUACAACAAGUACGGCAAGCCCAUCUGGGUCACCGAGUUUGGCUGUGUCAACGACGUCAACGGCUUUGUCGCGUGCAGCAGCCAGUCGGUCGUCAACCAGUUCAUCACCGACGUCGUCUCGCUGUUUGAAACGGACAGCCGUAUCUACGCCUAUGCGUUCUGCGACGUCGGAAACGCCUGGCUCAUGCGCUCGUCGUCGGGCUCGCUCUCCACCACGGGCCAGAACUACCUCGCCGCGGUUAAGAAGUACGCUUAG